AUGAGUUCUGACUACUCCUACGAUUCCGAGGGGACCUACUAUCCCUUCUUCAUCUUCACGCUAUCCACCAUCGUCACGCUUCCUCUGACCUACAGCCUCCUGAAGCCGUCGCAAGAUCCCGAAGCGCUGGCACCGAGGAUCCAGACCUCCUACAAACCCGAACAUGCCGACCUAGUUCAGGCACAACGCGCAGCACACAAGCGACGGCAGCGCAAGCUGAAGCGCGCCGUGGUCGCCCUGCUGGGAUGGGCGACCAUGGCCGGCAUGCUCUACCUCAUCAUCACUACACAGCGAACCGAGGCCAAACUAUGGAACCCCUACGACAUCCUGGGAAUAUCCGACUCGGCGACCGAGAAGCAGAUCAAAAGCCACUACAAGAAACUCAGUGUCAAGUUCCAUCCUGACAAGAUCCGUCCGGACCCAGCCAAGAACGAGACCGCCGAGAUGCUGAACGACAAAUGGGUCGACCUCACCAAGGCCUAUCAAGCGCUCACCGACGAAGAUGUACGCAACAACUGGAUUCAAUUUGGACACCCCGACGGCAAGCAGGGCUUCUCGAUCGGCAUCGCCCUUCCCACGUUUAUUGUAUCCGACGGCAACGGCAAAUACGUGGUGCUCGUCUACGCCCUGCUUCUUGGUGUGCUCCUACCAUACUACGUUGGGUCAUGGUGGUACGGCACUCAACGUAUGACCAAGGAUGGCGUGCAGGUGGAAAGUGCGAACUCGCUCUUCCGUGAAUACUCGGAGGCCAUCGACGAGGGAGACCUGAUCACCGCCUUGAGCACAGGCAAAGAGUUCCGCAGUGUCCUGAAAGGGGACAAGGCCGAAUCGGGUCUGUCCAAGAUCGAGUCGAGAAUAUUGGCCGAUGGCGAGGUCACCGCAUAUGCCGGUGGUCUGGCCGUCAAAGACAAGGAGAAGCUAGAGGAUCUCGAGGGCGGAGUCAGGAGAAAGGUCCUGGCCCUGCUCUGGGCGUAUCUUGGCCGCGUCGAGCUGGAUGAACCUGCUCUGAAUAGUGCAAAGUACAUGGUCGCCCCGAUCGCGCAGUCUCUGUGCCGCUCCUUCACUGCAAUCUCUCUCGCAUACGGCAACACAACACCCCUCCUUUCUUCCUACUACACGAGCCAGCGGUUAAUCCAGGCGCUGCCGCCGAAGGCAUCUCCACUCUUCCAACUCCCACACUUCACUCCCGCUGUGGCCAAGGCUAUCGAAGGUGAUUCGAAGACUCAUGCCACUGUCCAAGAGUUCAUGGACCUCCCUGAUUCUCAACGCCGACACGUAGCGGUUGGCAAUGGACUUCUGAGCGAAGAACAAUACAAGACAGCCGUCAGUGUCGCCCGUCAACUCCCAUACUUCAGAGUCGCAAAGGCGUUCUUCAAGGUCACUGGUGAGCGGUUCAUUAUCCCGGGUUCCCUAGUCACCUUUGUUGUCAAGGGUCGUUUCGUGCCUCCUGGAAGCACCGACGUUCCCGAGAUCGAUGAGCUCGAUCUUGAGGAUGUGGAUCCUGCCGAGGACGACCUUGACGCGAUGCUGGGGCGAAAGAAAAUGGUAAAGGAUGCCGACGGCAAUAUGGUGAAGGAAGAUAACAAGCCUAUCGCGCCGCCACUUGCAUUCGCCCCUUACUAUUCUCGGGACUACUCGCCGAAAUGGCACGUAUUUCUGUCGGACAGCAAACAGGGCAAGAUGGCGGUACCGCCGUUCACUUUUGCUACGUUCGACAAGCCUAUCUUCACCCCUGAGGGCAAGCCAACAUACCACAUGCAGACUCUGAAGGCGCAAUUCGCCGCACCCCCUCAGGCCGGCAAGUACACAUUCGUCAUGCACGCUGUAUGUGACAGUUACGUUGGCUUCGACACCAAUAUGGAGGUUACUUUGUCGGUUGAGGAUGCCAGCAAGGCCGCCCAAAUGACUGCGGAGGAUGAGAUCAGUGAACCAGAAGAAGAUUCACUAGCUGGCCAAAUGAAUGCCCUCAAGGGUGGUAGUGUUCCUACUACGAAGCCAAAGAAACGGAAAGAGGAAUCAGACUCGGACGAGGAGAGUGGCACCGAUGAGGAGGAGUCGGACACCAGUGAUACUAACACGGACACUGAAGAUGAGUCGUAG